GCGAAAUGCGAACUGUGAAAAUAGAGCGAUCUCGGCCAAAGUGAAACCGAAUGCUAUUCGGAUAAUAUUUCAUCCGUUUUCGUACUGAAAAUAAAGAAGAAAAAUAAAAAUAAAAAUAUACCCAUACGAGUAAAAUUCAACUCGAUAUGUACUACGAAAUGUCAUCAUCUUUUGCUGGCAGGAAAAAAAAUUGAGCUACAAAAUACAUCAAGUGAAGCUCUUGUGAAAUUGUGCUUUGCAUGUUAAAUCAAGUGAACAACUCAAAUUUUCCCGGCAACUGGGAAAAAGACGACAUUAAAAUAAACUUGCCAAAAAGAAGCAAUUGUCAAGACUCGAAGAACAAAGCCAAAGUUAAAUCAAAAGCAGUAAACUGGAGGAGAAAACAGUAAAGCGAACACAAGCACUCACUAUUCCCACAGUCAGCUGCACCCAUUUUUAGUGGCAUGAGGAGCAGAGGGCACACACCAACAACGACGACGACGAUGAUGAUGAUGAUGAUGACGACAUCAAAGUCCUGGCCACAGGAAACGGAAGUGGUGGAGCAAAGUCAGAGACAGCGGCAACGGCACCGGCCAGAACAACAUAAACAACGAAGGCAGAAUGACAGGGCAAACAUAUCAGCGGCUUACGACGAUAACAACGAUAGCCACGUUAAUGACGAGGCCAACCACGGGGAAGCGCAUAAUCAAAACAACGCCAGCCGAAGUAGUCCUUUGAAUUUUAGCACUUCCGUAUUACGACAGCGGGAGGCACACCCACUCAUACCCGCCGGAUUAUGGGGAACAAGAUUCCCCACCAUGAGACCCCCUCGCUGGCUGGUUGUGCUUCUGUUGCUCCUGACUGCCACACUGACGGCCUGUGCCACAGACUCAACCACCAGCAGCAGGAGUAGCAGCAGCACCACCACCACAUCGAGUCCGUCCAUCAAUGGGAGUGGCACCGAUUACGCAUUACUCUAUGGUGACUCCACCACCACCACCACGGCCCUGGUUCCAGCCCAAACCACGGGACUCUCGGGUAUUGGCACCGAUGCCAAAGCCAAUGCCGGAUUGGAGGUGGAAGUCGAGGAUGAGGAGGAUGCCGAGCAUGCCAGCGAAUAUAUCUUUGAUCGCCUCGAAGUGCGCAUUGUAUUCAUUACCCUGUAUACUAUAGUGUUUUGCUGCUGCUUCUUUGGCAACCUUCUUGUCAUUUUGGUGGUCACCUUGUCCCGACGACUGCGCUCCAUCACGAACUUCUUCUUGGCCAAUCUCGCCUUCGCGGACUUCUGUGUGGGACUCUUCUGUGUGAUGCAGAACCUGUCCAUCUAUCUCAUAGAUAGCUGGGUCUUUGGCGAAUUCCUGUGCCGCAUGUAUCAGUUUGUGCACUCCCUGAGCUACACGGCCUCGAUUUUCAUCCUAGUCGUCAUUUGCAUGGAGCGAUACUUUGCCAUCGUGCACCCCAUUACCUGCAAGCAGAUCCUUACAGCAGCUCGUCUAAGGAUGGUCAUUGUCACCGUGUGGAUCACAUCGGCGGUUUAUUCGACGCCCAAGUUUGUCUUUAGCAAGACCAUCAAGAAUAUUCACACCCAGGAUGGUCAGGAGGAGGAGAUCUGUGUCCUGGACCGCGAGAUGUUCAACUCCAAGCUGCUGGACAUGAUUAACUUUGUGCUGCUCUAUGUGAUGCCGUUGCUGGUGAUGACGGUCCUUUACAGCAAAAUCGCCAUCGCUUUGUGGCGCAGUUCGCGCGGCCUCACGCCACAUGUGGCACAACAUCAUCAUCAGAAUCAGCAUCAGCAGGUGCAGUCAGGACAAUCUGGCCAGGACAAUGGCAUGGGUCUGCACAACAGCAUGUACCAUCAUCAGCACCACCAUCACCAUCACCACAUGAAUCCGCACCAGCACCACCAGCUGUCAUCGGCGGUGGCAUCCACAGCGGGAGCUGGUGCCGGUGGUGGCAUAGGAGGAGGAACUGGAGGAGGAGGAGCUGGAGGAGGAGGAGGAGCUGCCGGUCCUGGCUCGUCACUCGCUUCCGCCGGCAGCAGCACUACGUCCUUGUCACGUAAACAGAGCAGUAAAUAUGAGAAGCGUGGCGUCAGCAUCACAGAGAGUCAGCUUGAUAAUUGCAAGGUGUCCCUGGAGGCCGAUCGACCCAUUGUGAGUGCCUGCCGGAAGACGAGCUUCUACCAUCACUCCCACGCCCAUCAUCAGCGGCUGGGCAAUGUCGGUGGGGGCGGUGGCAGUGGGGUGAGCGUCGCAGGAGCCACCCACAUGUCCCACUCGUCCAGCAAUGUCCUUCGCGCCCGACGCGGUGUCGUUCGCAUGUUGAUAAUAUUCGUGCUGACAUUCGCCCUGUGCAAUCUACCGUAUCACGCCCGCAAAAUGUGGCAAUACUGGUCACGUUCGUAUCGCGGUGAUUCCAAUUUUAAUGCGCUGCUAACGCCGCUCACCUUUCUGGUCACGUACUUCAAUUCGGGCGUAAAUCCCCUGCUCUACGCCUUCCUCAGUCGCAAUUUUCGCAAGGGCAUGAAGGAGCUGCUCCUGUGCUCCUGGAAGAAGGGCAAGGGCAAGUCCUCAUCGAACUCCUCGAUGCACCACAAGCGCAAGGCGCUGCAGACCCAUUCGCUGCCCACGGACACCACGCACAUUGGCAACGAGCAGCUAUGAUGACCGCGCAGCUGGAGGAGGCACCUCAGGCGCUUGGGGCGGCGCUCCUAAGGCAGUCCCAACUCCCCCUGGACUGGCUAACUAUAAUUUCAUUGUGAUUUCAGAGGAGCCCGCUUUUAGAGUUGGCCAAAUUUUAAGCAAAAGAAAAAUGAAGGCAAAAUCGAUUUGCACCGGAUGCAUCUCCCCCGGAGCAUGGCUCUGCAAAACUGUCAAGUUCUUAGUCUAAGUUUCUCAUUUAAGUGU